UUACUUUUAACCAUUUUAACAAGAAGACUCUACCAAAUAUGUCCUUAUUUUAAUAGAAAUCAGAUGAAUGCAGUAAUCAAGCAAAUGUUCAGCAAAAUGAAAUUCAUUGAUAUUGGUGCUAAUCUAACAGACCCAAUGUUCCAGGGUGUCUAUAAUGGGUCUUCAAAGCAUCAACCCGACCUGCCCAAUGUUCUGGAGCGCAGCUGGGCGGCUGGACUACAGAAAAUUAUUGUCACAUGCGGUAGUGUUUCUGACUGCGAACCGGCUUCACAUAUUGUCAAGGCUGAUGAAAAGCUUUUUAUGACGGUCGGUUGCCACCCGACCAGAUGCGGUGAGUUUGAACCGGAUCCUGAGGGUUACUAUCUUCGACUGUGUAAGCAAAUUGAGGAUAAUCGGCCAAAAGUGGUGGCUAUCGGCGAAUGUGGUUUAGACUACGACCGGUUAAACUUUUGUGAAAAGGAAAUACAAAAAAAGUACUUCGAAAAGCAAUUGAAUCUAGCUAACAAAUAUGAACUGCCUCUAUUUCUGCAUUGUCGGAAUGCUCAUGAGGACUUUUUUGAAAUUUUAAAGCGGAAUCAGGAAAAGAUUCCGAAACGAGGUGUCGUGCACACCUUCGAUGGUUCUUUGGAGGACGCAUCUAAGCUGAUAGAGCUGGGUUUCUAUAUCGGUAUCAAUGGGUGUUCGUUGAAAGCAGAUGACAAUUUGAAAACAGUUGCACAGCUUCCGGAUAAUCGCAUCAUGCUUGAAACCGACGCACCUUGGUGUGAAAUUCGUCCCUCGCAUGCCGGUUCUAAAUACGUGCAGACAAAAUUUCCAUCCGUGAAAAAGAAAGAGAAGUGGGAGGAAGGCUUGCUGAUAGCUGGCCGCUGCGAACCGGCAAUGAUUGUACAAGUGCUAGAAGUACUUUCUGGGGUCAAAAAUAAACCCCGCGAAAGUCUUGCGGAAAUGUACUACAAUAACACAGAGAAAGUUUUCUUUCCCAAGGAAAAAUAAGAGAAUAUUUAUAACCAAAAUUAAAUAUCAUUUUUAUUAAAUCAAAGCGCAAACAAAGAAAUCCAAAUCAUUAUUAGAGUGAUCUAACCUGAAGGAGGUGGUGAUGUGAUGAUGGUUGAAACGUAUGCUCAUUCUAAAUUCGGUUUGUGUUGACUAUCAGCGAAAUCGGUAAAGCUAAAGUCUAAACUGUUAAUCAUGAAAAUAAGCUGAGCGAAAUUCAACUGAAUACAAAAUUAAGCAGCGAUAUUAAGAAUUUAACCAAUGCUUUACGUUACAAAAUGAACACAGCAUAAAGCAGUACCUAUAUAACAUUCAGAUCUGAUGAAUAGAUGUGGUCUACACGAAGAGUAAAGUGCUGUUUGCAGUAACUGAACCUGAAUUUUCACCACUCUAAUAUAUGAUUUGUUUUUACGAGAGUAAAAUAGUUGUGUUUGCAC